UGGCGUGACGGAAGUGGCGUCACGGCGUCAACAUGUAAGAUGGCGACGCAUCACAGACAGAAUGCAGCGGGGCGCAGGAAAGUGCAGGUGUCAUAUGUGAUCAGAGACGAGGUGGAGAAAUAUAAUCGUAAUGGAGUCAACGCACUACAGCUGGAUCCAGCUCUUAACCGGCUCUUCACCGCCGGACGAGACUCCAUCAUCAGGAUAUGGAGCGUCAACCAGCACAAGCAGGAUCCGUACAUUGCAUCAAUGGAGCAUCACACGGACUGGGUCAAUGACAUCGUCCUCUGCUGCAACGGCAAAACCUUGAUAUCAGCGUCGUCAGACACCACGGUGAAGGUCUGGAACGCACACAAGGGCUUCUGCAUGUCAACACUGCGAACACACAAGGACUAUGUUAAAGCGUUGGCAUAUGCUAAAGACAAAGAGCUGGUGGCUUCAGCAGGACUGGACAGACAGAUCUUCCUCUGGGAUGUGAACACACUGACUGCACUGACCGCAUCCAAUAACACCGUUACUACAUCUUCUCUCAGUGGGAACAAGGACUCCAUCUACAGUCUGGCCAUGAAUCAGAUGGGGACGGUUAUAGUGUCAGGAUCUACCGAAAAGGUUCUGAGAGUGUGGGACCCGCGUACCUGUGCCAAACUAAUGAAGCUGAAAGGACACACAGACAACGUCAAAUCACUGCUGCUAAACAGAGACGGGACUCAGUGUCUUUCAGGAAGUUCAGACGGGACGAUCCGGCUCUGGUCUCUGGGUCAGCAGAGGUGUAUCGCCACGUACCGCGUUCACGACGAGGGCGUCUGGGCGCUGCAGGUCAACGAGGCUUUUACGCACGUUUAUUCCGGCGGCCGCGACCGGAAAAUAUACUGUACGGACCUACGCAAUCCAGAUAUCCGUGUGCUGAUCUGCGAGGAGAAGGCGCCCGUGUUGAAGAUGGAGCUGGACAGGUCAGCUGAUCCGCAUUCGGCCAUCUGGGUUUCCACCACAAAGUCCACGGUUAAUAAGUGGUCUCUGAAGGGUAUCCAUAAUUUCCGAGCGUCUGGUGAUUAUGACAACGACUGCAGCGCUCCACUGACGCCGCUGUGCACGCAGCCCGAACAGGUUAUCAAAGGUGGCGCCAGCAUAAUUCAGUGCCACAUUCUGAAUGACAAACGACACAUUUUGACCAAAGACACCAACAAUAAUGUGGCAUACUGGGACGUGCUGAAGGCCUGUAAAGUUGAAGAUUUGGGCAAGAUGGAGUUCGAUGAAGAGAUCAAGAAAAGGUUCAAGAUGGUUUAUGUGCCGAACUGGUUUUCGGUGGAUCUGAAGACAGGGAUGCUGACGAUAACGCUGGACGAGAGCGACUGCUUUGCAGCAUGGGUUUCUGCUAAAGACGCUGGAUUCACCAGCCCUGACGGAUCCGACCCUAAACUGAAUCUGGGCGGGCUGCUGCUUCAGGCUCUGCUGGAGUAUUGGCCUCGAACACACAUCAACCCCAUGGACGAGGAGACCGAACUGAAUCAUGGGAGUGUGAACGGCGAACACGAGAGCCGGAUACAGAAAGGAAACGGAUAUUUCCAGGUUCCGCCACACACUCCGGUGAUUUUCGGUGAAGCGGGAGGAAGGACAUUAUUCAGGCUGCUGUGUCGAGACUCGGGUGGAGAAACUGAGUCCAUGUUACUCAACGAGACGGUCCCGCAGUGGGUCAUCGACAUCACAGUGGACAAAAACAUGCCCAAAUUCAACAAAAUCCCAUUCUACCUCCAGCCCCAUUCGUCCUCUGGAGCAAAAACAUUAAAGAAGGAUCGUUUGUCGGCCAGUGACAUGUUACAAGUAAGGAAGGUGAUGGAACACGUGUAUGAAAAGAUCAUCAACCUGGACAGCGAGUCGCAGACGGGCGGUUCGGCCGCGGAGAAACCCAGCGAACAGAAAGAGGAGGAAGACAUGGCAGUGUUAGCGGAGGAGAAGAUCGAGCUGCUCUGUCAAGACCAGGUUCUGGAUCCCAACAUGGACCUGCGAACAGUGAAGCAUUUCAUCUGGAAGAGCGGCGGCGACCUGACGCUCCACUACCGGCAGAAAUCCACGUGAGGUCCCGCCCCCUUCCGACGUCGCCGUGGAAACUCCAUUCGUAACACUUCACAUUCAAAGCACACGCUCACCUGCACUUCCUGGUUCUGUCUGACGUCGACAUCAUCUUCCUCGCACGGGCCGCUCGGCUCACGCAUGAUUAUCCGAGUGUAAACGGGAAGGAGGAUGGGUGACGAAUGGCAAAAAAGUGUUUUUUGAAGUUUGAGUGUUUUUGCCACCUGUAUGGUUUUUAUUAUGUUUUUUUCUUGGCAUGAAUUCUUGACGGAUGCCACAUUGAAUGCGUCAGAGUUUUUUUCGUUUCGUUUUUUUACCGCCACUUUCUCCUCCUCAUUUAACAUUCCAGUGAUGUGUUUGUUGCCAAUGACGUCAUCGAAUCCAGUCAAAGCGGAACUGGUUUAAAACAAUCGCGAAUCUGUGUAGAAACGCGUAGAUGGACCGAACGCCUGAGAAAACUCCAAGAACGCCGUUUCCCAUGAUGCAUCUCUUUCUCACUAACGUGCUGUGAUCAUCAGUGCAUCCAUUUUGUACAUAUAUUGUAAUUAUUUUGUAGUCAACUUGAACUUGAGUUGGAGAUUAGGAGGUUUUUAUUUACGUUUCUUUUUAAGAAAAUGUACGGUAUCUUCAAAAAGGUGCUUUUUCAUGUAAAAUAUGAUGUCGGAAGUGUAGUGGAAAUACUCGAGAGGUUAUAAGCGGAAAAAGAAACAAAUGUUUUGUUUUUUUUAAAGGAAUAGUUCACCUUAAAGUGAAAAAAUGUACCAUCCGAGAUUUGUUUCUUCACCAGAUUUGGAAAAAUGUAGCAUUUCGCCACUUGCUCGCUAAUGGAUCUGAAUGGGUGCCGUCGGAAUGAGAGUCUAAACAGCUGAUAAAAACAUCACAGUAAUCCACAAGCAAUCCACACCACUCCAGUCCAUCAGUUAACAUCUUGAAAAGACAAAAGCUGUGUGUUUGUAAUAAACAAAUGUUUUUAAUUGGCUCUUUGUGACGGCACCCAUUCACUGCAGAGGAUCCGUUGGUGAGUAAGUGAUGUAAUGCUACAUUUCUCCAAAUCUGAUGAAGAAACAAACUUACCUACAUCUUGGAUGUCCUGAGGGUGAGCACAUUUUAGCAGAUUUUAAUUUUUGGGUGCACUGUUCCUUUAAAAGUAACAGUUCACCCAAAAAUGGAAAUUGUUUACACAUAAACGUAGAAGGAUCUAAUUUUCAAUUUUUAGAUGAAUUAUUCCUUCAUCCAGAUGUUUGCUGCUGAGCGUUUUCUUUCCUUCCUGCGCGUGGACAGGAAGACACACUAAAAAUAAAUAAAUAUAUCUAUAUAAAAAACCUAUGAACUAUUGAAGGAUGACAUCACUGGAUGGCAAAACUCAUGUUUUUAAUUUAUGCAAAACGAAAACUGUAUUCUGCAAACGUUUGUCAAUCAUACAAAGAUUUGCACAGUGUUCUAGCGACAUGUAUUCAUGUAUAUAUAUAUAUUUGGUCUUAGAUCAAAGACGGUUAAGAUAAUUAUAGUAAUACAAGACCAUCAGAAACUAAAUCGAGAAACGACCGAGUGGGAAAGAAAGAUUUUAAAUCGUCCAUGUCCACAUCCCCUGUAUUUAUGCUUCCUGUGUUGAUUGUAAUUAUAUGCAGUAUAUUUUGGGUAAAUAACAGCUUAAUAAAUUAACCAAGAAUGAACGAGUUCAAAUGCAAACUUUUCUUAAAGCAGGUGAUGUUGACAGAACAAGAUCCUGUUUGACAUCCUAAGUGUUGAUAACCUGAUGUUUACCUGCUUUUAUUGGAGAUUCACCUCUGGACCAGUUUUACAGGCUCAUCUGGUUAUUAAAGCGAACUGACAACUGAAAUAAACCGAAAUGAUUGUUA